AUGCAGAGCAACAGUAAAUGCCAACACCUGCCGGUUAACGGCCACAGACACUACUACGCACCUUAUCGCGUCACUGACAGUCCCGAGAGAAUGGCCCGAAUGAAAGGAAUGAACACAGGGAUAGGUCUGAGGCCUUGGGGCCCCCGGCACAUCCAUGUGGACGCAACGUAUCUUCAAUGUGAUGCCACUUCCUGUCACACCGAGGGACUCACAACAGUGCAUAUACCUUUCAAGGGCAGACAGGGACAAAGAACAGCAGCCAAACACAGUGCUACUAGAGGACCAGAGGCCACUGCCCAAAACAUCACGAACGCCACAAAUGCGAGGAGCAGACACAGCGGACGCAUCCACACACAAAGGAUGUUGGGGAAUACAAUCCGGACUUGUCAAUGGGAACCAGCGCUGAUGGGGCGAAAACCGACCACAAAACAAGAGGAACGACUACCAGCCAGCAAGGGCCAUGAUGAAUUCCAAGAAACCACAGGAUACGGACAAAUUAGUUUCCCGAAGGUUUAUUAUGUGCUCUGUCCGCAAGUCCCCGGAAACAGCACGGAACGCUUCAAUCAAGCAGCGCGUGUGGAUCACACCGGGCGAGGUCAAAAUGGAUGCCGUUCGCCAGCGCAUGCUAAAUCGGGAACAGAACUCAUGUUUGCAAAAACGGAUCAGACCAUGCGGUCGUUUGGCCUUGGGUGA